CCACUCUCAGCUUCCAAUGCAGAGGCAGGGACGCUUCCCGCGGACGGGCGAUCACUGCACGGCAGAUAACCCGGCUGCCGCUUUCUAGAGAGAUUCUGCCUUCUGCCAGACGCCGAAUUAGUUGUCCUUGGACUGAUUGCCGUACCUUCCUCUGUAACUGCUUUCACUUGAGGAGUCGCAAUGAUUGAUGAAGUCAUCUCCUCACGGCUUUCUCAAAGACAAUUAAAGAUGGGCAGUAACUGCUGACCUAACAACUCUAGAAAAAGGAAGCCAGUCGGCAGCUGAACAGGAUGAGCAGUGAGACCACCCAGGAGGUGGUGUCCGUGCCCCCACCGCCAACCUCCUCCCGAAAGGAGGGCUAUUUCGAUCAGGUGUCCGAGAACGAUCCGGAAUACCUUCGGCUCAGGAACAUGGCGCCCGCCCUGAGGCAGGACUUCAACCUGAUGGAGCAGAAGCAGCGGGUAACCAUGAUCCUACAGAGCCCGGCAUUUCGAGAUGAAUUGGAAUGCUUGAUCCAAGAGCAGAUGAAGAAAGGAAGUGACUCCGGCAACCUCUGGGCUCUGCAGCAGAUAGUGGACUUCAUGUCGAGCACUCCAAUAACCAUUCCCACCUCACCACCAGACAUGAAAGACGGCAAUUGCUGGAAUCUGGAGCGAAAAGCAAACGGCUGGAGGAACUCAGCGGGUCAGGCAGCAUCUGUGGAGAGAAAGGGAGUGACAAUGGUGGCACCGAUCAAUGACUUCCGAGCCAUGGAGUCGUUGGUGUUUGUCAAGGGAGAGAGGCUAAUGCGCUGUAAGGUGGCCAGCAUCCAUCGGCUCUUGGACCUGUUUGGAUGGGCUCAGAUUGCCAACACGUACAUCACGCUCAGAGUUAGUAAGGAACAGGAUCAUUUCCUCAUCAUUCCCAGGGGAAUUUCCUAUGGCGAAGUCUCUGGCUCUAUCCUGGUGAAGGUCAACAUUCUGGGCGAAGUGGUCAAUCAAGGGAGCACCAAUUUCUCGGUGGACACGGCUGGGUUCAGCCUACACUCAGCCAUCUACUCCGCUCGACCGGAUGUCCGCUGUAUAAUUCACUUGCACACACCAGCCACUGCUGCGGUUUCAGCCAUGAAAUGUGGUCUUCUGCCUUUAUCCCAUGAAGCCUUGCUGGUUGGAGAUGUGGCCUAUUAUGAAUAUAAUGGAGCACCUGAUACAGAGGAAGAUAGAAUCCAGCUGCAGAAAUGCCUGGGACCUACGAGCAAGGUGCUACUUCUAAGGAAUCAUGGUCUGAUAGCACUCGGUGAGACUGUGGAAGAGGCCUUCUACAAAAUUUACCACCUUCAAUCGGCCUGUGAGAUACAGGUCUCGUCCCUCUCCAGCGCUGGUGGAGUAGAGAACGUCAUCCUCCUGGACCGUGACAAGUACAAACCUCAUGAACUCGGCUCGGUGGGCUGGGCGGGCACUACCUUCGGGCCAAUGCAGAAGAGCAGAAUUGGGGAGCACGAGUUUGAGGCGCUGAUGAGGAUGCUUGACAACCUGGGCUACCGAACUGGCUACGCGUACAGGCAUCCGAUCGUUCAGGAGAAGACCAGGCACAAGAGCGAGGUGGAGAUCCCGGCCACCGUCACGGCAUUCACCUUCGAGGAGGACGAUCUCCCGCACCACCCGCUCAGGCACCACAGUCAGAAACAGCAGAAGGAGAAGAGCCGGUGGCUCAACUCCCCCAACACCUACCUGCGCGUCAGUGCCAACGAAGAGCCUCAGGGAGGUCCCAGUAGUCCCCGGGCCAAGACCGCGUGGCUGAAGGCUGACGAGGCCAAGAAACCCAGCAGCGGAACUCCGAUCAAGAUCGAGACUCCCAACCAGUUUGUGCCUCUUUUUACAGACCCCCGGGAAGUGCUGGAAACGAGGAAUAAGAUUCGCGAGCAGAACCGGCAGGAUAUGAAGUCGGCGGGACCGCAGUCACAGCUACUGGCGGGCGUCAUCACGGAAAAAAGCCGCAGCCCGUCUGCAGAAGGAAUGCUGCCUUCAGAGGCGCAGGCUGCGACCGAGCGGGAUCUGCAGGCGCUGGAGCAGGAGCCUGAGCCCCCGAACCCAUUCAACGAGCUCACCGACCAGGAACUGGAGGAAUACAAGAGAGAGGUGGAGCGGAAACAGCUGGGGCUGGAUGGUCCAGAUGAGGAGGACACCUCGGCAGGGAUUUCUCCCCUGAAGACCCCCCUCACUUCGCCAGCUAAGUCACCCACAUCUCCCAGGUCACCAGGAGAAACCAAGCCGUGCAAAGGCUCGGAGGCGCCAGAUGACGCCGAGACGGUAGCCCCUGAGGAGGUGUCCAAUGGGAAGGAGGAGGACCAGACUGUGGAUGAGCAGCUGAGUAAAGGCAUGCAACAAGUGACGACCAACGUGGAGAACGGCACCGAGCCGCCCGUGAAACCGGCCAAGGACAAGACGGAGUCCGUGACCAGCGGCCCUCUCUCGCCCGAAGGCUCCCCUUCCAAGUCUCCAUCCAAGAAGAAGAAGAAGUUCCGCACCCCGUCUUUCCUGAAAAAGAGUAAAAAGAAAGAGAAAACAGAGUCCUGAAUUGGGGGGGGGGGGGGUGGAGUAAAUGUAUACAACAACUUGCCAAACAGAGAACCUUGGUGUAGACCAGCUUCAUCAAUUGAGUGCACCAAUUCUUGUCACACUUGCACAGUUGACAAUGCGGACUGGCAAAACAGUACCACCUACCUGAACACAGAGGGCCUGAAUUUCACUGCUCAUUGGUUUCACGCCUCUUGUUUAACGCAUUUUACAAUCUGCAUUAUUUUAAUGAGUCAGGGUCCCAUUCUUCUUUAAUGGGUCGGUGAUUUAGUUAAAACUCUGCAGACAGAAGCGCAGUGCACCCAGAUGAAUUUCUUUCCGCCUUGCCGUGCCCUACUCCACGCAGCAGACCUGGUCACAGGCCUGGCUCUUAUGUCCGCAACACUGGCUGUGCUGAGUGAACGGCAUGCAGUGCCAUUGGAUGUGGUGGGUAAAUUGUUCAAACGGAUGCCUUAAGCUGAUCCCCUGGACUUCAAUGAAUGGCAGUGAGAACGGAGGGUGUUCUACCGGAGGGGAAGAAUGUGUGCAGUUGAGGCAGAGGGAGAACCCGCAGAAUCCUAACUUACUCACUAAUUGUCCGUUACACCGCUGGCGUUUGGGGCAGCAAUGAAGAUCCUCCAUCUCCGGCGGGGUUCAGGGCUUCCUUCAUCAUGUCAGUUUUCACUACUGUGGGUCACGCAAGUCCUGGGUGGGGUCUCAGGAAUACUGUCACACUCAGAUGCAGAAGGAUUCUUCAUUGCUGUUUCCAUAACAAUUUCAUUUUACCAAUCAGGGUUGUUGGCCCUGAGCUGAACCUCCAAACCUGGAGGACCGGUGGACCACUCUUAGUUUGGCCUCGACCCUUUGACCUGUUUGGCAUGGGUGACCCUACCAAGAGCCAAAGCACAAGGCCCUGAUUCCAGCCAACAUAGCUCUCCAUGUUAUUGAGGCACACAAGCCUCCAAAUCCUACAACAAAGUUGCAGUCCUCCUAGAGGACAGAAUCCUGCGUGUUAUAUUUAAUGACACGGUCAUUGGAGCUCAGCAGAAGGUAAAGAACAGGUGAUUUAAAGACCAAAUAAGCAGAACAUCUCAAUAGUGGAAAGGUGGUGUGCUUCAAUAAAUUCAGAAAGGAAGGAGGUGGACUGAGCAGUUAACUAAUGGGAUUUACCAAUCAGACCUGCCCUGAAGACUGCUUGGUCAUUGUGUAAUGAGGGACAUGGUUGGGUGCCUAACAGUUGAGUGUUUAUGAAGUUCACUAUUUCAGUGAAAUCCAUGCUGUUUUGCGCAGUCUGUCUGUCUUUGAUAGCAAAAGAUCCCCCAUGAUGAACCGGCCCGAGGGGCAACUUCUUCCUUCAGAGCACGGUGUGUAUAUGAAUAAGCUGCCAGCAGAAGGUGGUAAAUUUGGGGCAGAUUUGGUAAAAGCAUUUAGACAGUUCCAUGGAUAGGAAGGGUUUAGAGCAGGGAUUCCCAACCUGGGGUUCGUGAUCCCCUUGCUUAAUGGUAUUGGUCCAUGGCAUAAAAAAGGUUGGAAAUCUUUGGUUUAUAGAGAUAGGGAUCAAACACAGGCAAACAGGUCCAGUUUCAUGGGCAUUGAUGAGCUGGGCUGAAUGACCUGUUUCCAUGCCGCGUUACUCAAUAGCUCAGUUACUUUGCCUGGACGAAUUGCUCCUAUUAUUGCAUCCAAAGAUGGGCAUUUGAUUCCAGAGCUGAAACCACUCGUGGACUGUUUCACCUCUUGAUGGAAAUUGGACCAGGCACCCCUUGUGGCCAGGACACUGUUUCUGACAGGGUGGGUGGGAUAAAGUCAUUCCUUUUGGAGUGUUGCUGGAGAACUUGGAGCAUACUAUCCUGUCACUGAGACUGCCCGAAUUUCCCUGUGCACCACCUAGCUAGUGUGGCUGUCAGAAGGGUAACCCAGCCAGCCCCAUCAUUGGGCCCUCACCUGUUGACCCCCAUCUCCUUGAACUCCAAUAUAAGGCUCUGCAACAGAACCUCCCACCACCACCAGCACCCCCCCCCCCCCAAGUCAGUGAUCCCCUUUCCCACGUUUUCCCAAUCCAUCACUAUAUCAGUAUCCUGGUCAUUCCUGUCAACCUUGCCCCAAACCAUCAACAUCUCUCUCGCCCCAGUUCUCGGCCAUCCCCAAAUCCAGGCACGGAGCAGGACUGUAGGACUGGAACUGGAAUUGGUUUAUUAUGCCACAUGUACCAAGGUACAGUGAAAAGCUUGUCUUGCAUACUGUUUGUGCAGAUCAGUUCAUGACAAUAGUGCAUGGAGGUCGAGCAAGAUGAAACAAUAACAAUAGUGUAAUAGUUACAGAGGAAGUGCAGGGCAGGUAGACAGUACAGAGCAAGAUCACAAUAAGAUUGACUCUGAGGUCAGGAAUAUCUUAACAGACUAGUGACCAAUUCAAUGUGGAGGAAGCUGUCUUUGAACCUGGGGGUAUGUGUUUUCAGACAUCUGUAACCUCUGCUCAAUGGAAGAGGGGAGAAAAGAUAUUGUCCAGGGUGGGUGGGGUCUUUGAUUCUGCUGUCUGCUCUACUUAUGCAGCCAGAAGAAUAGAGAGACUCCAUGGAGAGGGAGAUGGGUUUCCAUGGAUGUGCUGAGCACUGUCCACAACUCCCUGCAGUUCCCUUUGGUCAUGGGCAGAGCCGUUGCGGUACCAAGGAUGCUUUCAAUGGUACAUCAGUAAAAAUUGGUAAGGGUUGACAGGGUAUGCCAGAUUUCUUUAGUCUCCUGAGGAAUUAGAAGCGCUGGUGAGCUUUCUUAGACAACAGCCUGUGUGACGGAGCAGUCCUGUGCAUAGUGAAGCUGGAAGAUCGAUAAUCCUGUCUGAAGCUCAGCAAUGCCUUGUAUCUGACAUGAUUGAUCUUCCAAAGGAAGGAAUGAAUCAAGUUCGAUGUGUCUUCUGGCAUUGUGCAGCUACUGCUGUUACCCAAGAAAGCGUCAAAAAUACCCUCUGAAGUACGCGCAAUAUUCUUAAAAGGUGCAGGGACUUUAAUGUUGUUUCCACAGGCCCCUUCAACAUGUUAUUCCCAAAUUGUCCCAUUCCUUAACCAAUAAUUGCUCUUAAUCGCCUAGCAAUGAACUCCCUUCUGGGUUAUAACUUGGAUUUGGCAAUAAUGAUCUGAGUUUCUUCAGAAGUCAAGAUUGAGGCAUAACACUUGGUAUUUAAUGUUGUUUAUUAAGUGUUAUAAGAACAAAAAGCGGGCAAAGAAGAGACAAAGAAAAAGAAAAAUUUAAAGUUGAUUUAUUAUCAAAGUAUGCAUAUGUCACUAUAUACUACAUUGAGAUUAACUUUCAUGCAGGUAUUCACAGUGGAGCAGAGAAAUACAAUAGAAUCAAAGAAACAUUACACACAAAGACUGACAAACAACCAGUGUGCCAAAGAGGGCAAACUGUGCAAAUUAAAUAUGCAUAAAUAAGUAAAAAAAUAUUACUGAGCAUGAGUUGUAGCGUCCUUGAAAGUGAGUCCAAAAGUUGUGGAGUUGGUUCAGAGCUGCAAUGAGUGAAGCUGACCACACUGAUUUAGGAGCCUGAAGUUUGAUGGGUAAUAACUGUUUCUGGACCUGGUGGUGCAAUUAUUACCCUUCAAAGAGCCACGGUUGACUUAUACUCAGGCUGGAGAAAAACAAAAUUCUGCACCCAUUCCUAACUGAUUCUAAAUGGGGCUGAAAUGACCUAGAAGCACUGUUUUCCUCUAUGUUUUCCCACAACCUCUUUCCUGCUGCACUCAAUGAAUGUUGCUGAAACCAUAGGAGCAUUGUCAGAGUCUUAAAUGGGGCAACUGUCUUAGCUGAAGGAAUCCCCAGAGAUAUUAUGAAAGGGACCAUAAUUAAAUAUUAGUGGCCCACAGGGCAGAAUUCCAACAGGACAUCGGGGCCCGGGACGGGGUUAGGCUAAAGUUUCUCUGAGCCACUCUCACUGCACCUCUCCAGAUCACUGGAAUAACUCCGGUGUCUCAAAGGAGAUCCACCAUCAUCCAAGCUGCACUUUUGAACUUUUGAACUUUGUCGAGGGAAAUAUUUGUUCAGUGAUCACACCUGUGCUCAGCUCCAAAGGUCGGGGUUCAAGUCCUACUGUCAAAACUCAAAUUUGAAAAUAAACGAGGAAAUGCGUUCCUGUCUGAGGCUAUUGUUUCUGAAUGAGUUAAGGUCACACGUGAUGUCAAGUAAAUGCAAAAUAAAUUCCGCAAAGCUAAUCAAAGACAGGGAGCCUUCCUCAGAGAGCUGGAUAUCAUUUAUCCUUAAGAAAAUUCCAAAGUAAAUUCAAGCAAUCUGCUGGAGGAUCUCAGUGCAUCGAGCAAUAUCUGUGGGCGGUAAGGAAUUGUUUACAUUUUAACUCAAAAUGCGACAGUUCUUAAAUAUGUUAGGGGCAUUUAAGAAUCUCUUAGAUGAGAAGCUUUCAUGUGGAUAAGAGGUAUUUAAGAAGCUCUUAGGCAUGUGAUGAAAGAAAAGUGGAAGUCUAUGUAGGAGGGAAAGGUUAGAUUGAAUUUAAGAGUAAGUUAGGCCAGCACAAUAUUGUGGGCCGAAGGGCCUGAACUCUACUGUAAUGUUCUAUGCUCUAAUUCCUUUUCUCCUAUUGAUUCUGCUCAAUUGCUGAGUCUUUUUUAAAUUUUAUUUUAUUUGGAGAUACAUUGUGAAACAGCCUCUUCCAGCGCAGGUCUCACUGCCCAGCAACCCCCGAUUUAACCCUAGCCUAAUUACAGGACAAUUUCCAAUGACUGAUUAACUUACCCAGUACAUCUUUGGGCUGUGGGAGGAAACAGGAGCACCCAGAGGAAAACCAACACAGUCACGGCGGGGUGGGGGGGGGGGUGUGGAUGUACAAACUCCUUACAGAUGGCCGAACUCCACUGCCCUUAGCUGUGAUAGUGUCACACUAACAGCAACUCCGUUCUCUUGCAUUUCCGAAGCAGGUUACCUGAUCACUUUGCGGCAGCAUGCUGUGCACAUUGAGUUCCCACGUUUCCACCAAGGGAGAGGUCAUCUGCUCUUCGAGUGCUUUGCCACAUCUUGCAGAUGUUAAAGUGAUAGCGGGAAUGCAUGUCCUUCUCUGCUGCUCAGCUCUGGUGGCCAGUGGGUGGCAGAGAGGGGCAGAUGCUGGGUGACAUUUUCUGUUCCGUCACGUUGCAAAGUUAUUGAAACCCAAGAAAAAUGGCUUCAAGCUGGGUUGCUCCGGAAGAAUCAAUAAACAAGAAACUAAAAGGAACUCAGCAAAUAAGGCAGCAUCUUUGAAGGAAAAUGGACAAUCAAUGUUCUGGAUCUAGACUCUUCUUCUGUCUUCAGAUUUGGAUUGAUGUAUCGCAGUGUAUUGAAGCAUACAGUGAAAAGUGUUGUUUACAUUAACAACCAACACACCUAUGGAUGAGCUGGGGGUAGCCCAUAAGAGUCACCACACUUUCUGCCGCCACUGAUCUUGUUACUGGCACUUGGGACAACAAUGAAGGUUCUCCAUCUCUGUCUGUCCAUACCAUCGCACACAGAUACAGAAGGGUUCUUCAUUGCUGUUUUCAUAAGUUUUUUUGAGCAACCAGGGUUGUUAGCCUUGAACCUGGAGGACGGGUGGGCCUCAACCCUUUGACCUGUUUGGCAUGGGUGACCUUCUUUGCUGCCCCAGCCAACAAGGCCCUGACUCAAGCCAACAUAGCUCCCCAGGUCACUGAGGCGCACAAGCCUCCAAACCCUGCAGCAACGUUGUGGUCCUCUUGGAGGUGCCGCUAACAUACCUUGCUCACAAUUCCCUCCAUGGAUGCUGCCUGACCUGUUGAGUUCUUCCAGCUUUUUGUAUGUUUCUCUAAAUACUAGCAUGUGCCUCGGUAUUGCUGAAGGAAGAUUGUUACAUAGGACUUGCCAUCUAGUGCUUUUUGAGUUUGUAGUCACUGUUGGGCACGGCGUUGACCUGCAGAACUUCAUCAUCCCUUCACUUCCACAGGAACAUGUCAUCAUUAAGGAGAUGAAAGCACCCUGUAAACCUCAAUGCUCUGCGCAAAUGGUUUCGGAAUUACUUGCUCCAGAUUUUGAUUGUUACAUCAGACAGUGUGAUCUGUGAGUUAAUCCUUCACUGUCUGUAUGGCAACAUCUUCAAAUCAGCCCUGGUUUUGAACCUCCCUUUCUCAAUCUGCUCUUCUCCUUGCGCUAUACCUUAAAACGAUUCCAAAAGUACCUUUCCAAAGUCAAUAUUCCCAGUAUUAGAACACACUGCACGGAUUACAUACAAUUUCUUCUCACUAUAUGUUUGACCACAAUUUCCAUUGUUGGGCACCUUCCAACUCCCAUUCUACACCAGGAAACACAUUUGAGAUUACGGACAUUAAUGAAAUGCAAACCAAAUAUUAAAUCCAGAGCUUAUUGUCAUUGAUAUUUAUGCCUUUGAUGUAUAAUAAACCAUUGAUUCGAACUUCCUACUGAUUGCAACCAUAGCACUUAAAAUGAAAGGUAUAUUGUCCCAAGAAUCAGUGCAAUCCCCUGUGGUUGUUUAUAGAGAAUUGUGUUACUUGUGCCGUCUAUGUCUGACAAUCCUUGCCGAGCACCAUGAACCAAUGUAAUGUAUAUGGCUUGAUGUCAAUAUAUAGGAUAAAGAAAAAAAUGUUGGUGCAUUGCAUUUGGUGCCUCACUAUGAUCUGGCUACCUGUAAAUGCUCAUCUGUUUCUGCUCGAUGUGUGCCUAGGUCUUUGUAUUCUAAUAUUCUGCACUGUAAUUAAAAUGAACCUGGAACUGCCUAA